CAAUCACUAUCGUAGCUUUUCAUGAGUUGACAGACCAUUUACCUGGGGUUAAACGUGGAAGAAAACAAAGACACGCUCGUCUUCAAAUAUAUAGGUUCCUGGUGCUUUUGUCAUUGUAAAAUUGCUUGCGAAGAAAAACCCUUUUUUUGACAUUUCCUGUACUUCUACGAAUUCGGUUUUCGGAACUUGUUCUAGUUGGUUUUACCUUUCCUUUGUUCCUUUGUUUUUUUAUUUUUUUUCAUUUCACUCUGGUUCAGCGAGCUUUUCUUUUUUUUAUCGAAUUUUUCGAUCCAACGUCGUUGUGAGUGAUAGACCCAAAAUUCCCAACGAACUAUAUAGACCUUUUCAAUUUUGGUGUUGAAUCAAAAGAAAAAACAGUCUGCCUGAAACAGUUUGAAAUUGUUGGUUCAUGAAUUGCGAAGCUCCCGAAUAUUCAGCUUAACCGGGUUUUAUUGUUAUUUCUUUAGAGUUUUCAUAAUUCACCAGAUAACAAACUGUCUUUAGGAAACUUUGUGGAUAUAUAUUGGUUUCUGUUGUAUAAUAAAAGAAAAAGGGGUUGAGUGCGAUUUCUCAGUUUCGGUUUCUAAUUUCUUGGCUUUUUUUUUUCUUUCUUUUAAUUGUUUCUUGGCAUUCGGAUUUAAAUUUCUUUUGUAAUUGCCUUUGCAUGCCUAAUUGUCUUUUUUUAGCUUCUCAUUUCUUGUUCCGCUUUACUGAAAAGUUUCCUUCAGCAGAGUACACAUUAGGUUUGCUGUAGGUUAUUAUCAGUUCUCUUCAGUAUCAUGGACGCAGACACGUUUGUAGACGGUUUACCGGGAACGACCGUCAUCGUCAAAGAUCACCAUUAUGCUUCCUCAGAGACUAGUGAAUUAAAACGAGAUGGAGACAUUGUUCUUCAACCGCAGCCUUCUGAUGAUCCAAGCGACCCAUUGAAUUGGAAGCCUUAUAGAAAAAAUUGGCAUAUCGCUAUGAUAUGUUUGUUUACUUUAGUUACCAGCGCCAUUGCAAACGAUGCUGGUUCCGCCCAGGAUCAAAUGAAUGAAGAGCUUGGCAUAUCUUACGACGCUAUGGACAACGCCGCUGGCGUUUUGUUUAUCUGCGUUGGCUAUUUCACGUAUCUCUUCAUGCCUGCUAGUUUGUUGUAUGGAAGACGAUGCGUUUAUAUGGUUUGUCUUAUCUUUGGUAUGCUGGGCUCCUUAUGGUUUGCCAAAACCAAUACUACUGCAAACUCAAUCGGCAACCAAGCAUUCGUGGGCAUUAGUGAAGUUGCUUCGGAAGCUUUGACACAGUUUUCUCUUUCUGAAAUUGUUUUUGAGCACGAACGUGGAAUAAAAAUUGGUAUUUAUAUUCUCUCCACCUCCAUUGGUACAUAUCUCGGUCCUUUAGCAGCCGGAUACGUUGCUUCGUCUCAGGGAUGGCGUUGGAUUGGUUGGUGGGGUUUGAUUGCUUGUGCCAUUACCUUUGUUCUCUUUCUUUUCACUUUUGAAGAAACAGCUUUUGACCGUACCAAGGCUUUUGACGUUGGAAGACAACGACUUGUGGCAACUCAGGAAUCUGCUCAAAAGCUAUAUGACGAUAAAAAGGACGAUCAGCAACACUCUUUAGACGCGAGCAAAGAUGAGGUAUCUGUUAAAGAAUUUAUGGGUUCUUCUGCCGAUUCUUAUAAACGUCUGACUUAUUGGCAAAGGAUUGCAUUGAUCACUCCUGCGACAUCACUUUCUGGAUGGGGUUUCCGACAAUAUUUUGUACGACUCGUCCAAACACUGCGCGUCUUCCUUUUUCCUGCAGUCAUUUACUCAGGUAUGCAAUGGGGUGCUCAAAAUGCUUGGCUUACUUUUUAUUUAACUACAAUGGAAGAAGAUUGGAUGGAAGCACCUUAUAAUUAUGGUGAUAAUGCAGUAGCAAUUAUGAAUGUCCCCCUUAUUAUUGGGGCCACUAUUGGAUGCAUCUACGCUGGUUAUUUGGGUGAUUAUAUUACAAUUUGGUUUGCUAAGCGUAAUAAAGGUGUAAAGGAGGCCGAGAUGCGACUUUGGAUGAUGAUUCUUCCUUGUAUCAUCAACCCUUUAGGUCUGUUUCUAUUUGGCAUCGGGACAGCCCGUCACUGGCCUUGGGGACCAAGCUAUGUUGGUCUAGGUUUUAUUGGUUUCGGAUGGGGUUGCGCUGGAGAUACCGCGAUGGCUUAUUUGAUGGAUGCAUACCCUGGAAUGGUUUUGGAAGGCAUGGUGGCUGUGUCUGUAAUUAAUAAUACCUUUAGCUACAUCUUUACAUUUGCUUGCCAAAGUUGGAUUAAUAGCAUUGGGACUGAAAAAACAUACAUCUCUAUUGGUAUUCUAUGCUUCUUCUUUAUCUUUACUUCCUUUUUCAUGAUUUUGUUAGGAAAAAGAAUGCGCAAAAUAACUGCUAAGCACUAUUUUGCAUUCCUUCGUGUUCGCAGCCUUUUGGAUAAUCAAAAUACGGAACAAAUUGUGGAUCAAAUCAAUUCCUAAUUCCCAGGAUUAUUUUGUAUUUAGAAUACGUUGUAUGUGCUAUUAGAAAUAAAUUGUUUGUUUGUUCAUUCUUUUCAAUUUUAUAAACUAUGUAAAGUUAGUCGAGGCAAUGAAAGGAACGAAUAAAGUAGAAACAUAUAUACAAUAAUAUAUUUA